AUGGACGUUUUGAUAGGCGAGGCUUUCAAGAUGUGCCUGAUCGAAUCUCUGCAAGCUAUGCAUGUUGCUCUUCACGGCGAUGGUACCACGCCACCCUCGCCGCUCAUUUUAAUACACGUAGAACUUAUAGACAACAAGAUGAAAUUCUUGCCGGAUCUGAGCGAGAUCGCCAUGGAGUUUGCAGUGAUCUUCGACAAUCUUCUAGAUCCUCUGAAACGCUUGACUCAACUGAUAAACAAAUUCAAAUUCGACUUCCAAGUGCCGCCAUUCUGGAAGAUAUACGAGAAAGAUCCAGAAUUGCUGGAUCUUCAACAGAAACUCAACGAUGUUUAUGUUAACAAAAUCUGCGAUUAGAUACGAGAAAUUGAAGCCCACUGCGGAGACGUUCGAUUCAGAUAUCAGCAAAUACGCAAUGAUCGCGAACAGCGUUCAGAUGCAAGAAACGGUGAUGACUGUGCACUUCCUCGACAUAAACGCGGAUCGGCUGAAAGGCGCCAUCAUCGAAGAAUGCUCGAUUUGGCAGCAGAAGUUAAUUGACGUUCUGUUCCGGCAAACGCAGAAUAUGGUCACGCACGUGUACCACUAUAUCGCGGAUAAUUCCAAGAAGUUAGUUGGAACUCUAAAUCUAAAUUACAAGUUAGAGAUAACACUAAUAACGAAAGAGCCGACGGAUAUCAUCAGCAUGCAAUACGCGAUACAGUUGUUCGAGAAGCUGCACGCCGAUAUUCCUCGCGAGGAGGACGAAUUCCCGAAGAUCCACGAUCAGUACCAGACUUUGGAGAAGUACGAAGUGAGCAUGACGUACGAUUUCAAGCGAAAAGUGCACGACGUACAGCUAGCCUGGAACGCGUAUCUGGCUCUGCUCGAAGAAUCCGCGGACAUGUUGAGGCAAAAGAAGGCGAGAGGAAUUCAAACAGGUGCUACUGCAAGAUGCCAUAAUGUUCCAAGAUGGAGUGUUAGCUCUGGUUGGGAAAUUUUUCGACACUGGGCCAUUCACAUCCGCAUGGACCACGACAAUGCAAAUCAUUUUCGUUUGAACUUGGAGAGCAAUGAAAAUGAUCUUGCCAUUUGCCCAAUGACAGAUGCGUUCGCCUGGUUGAGUCACACGGAUCGUGAAAUUUCGUCUCUGAAAAGAAGAGAAAGCAAGCUGAAAUCGCAGCUGAUGGUGUUUGAGAUCAAUCAGCCAGAUUCCCUCGAACUGAUACAAUUGGAACAGGACGUAAAAGCCAUUCAAUUGGUGUGGGAGAUCACCGACGAGUGGAACGAAGCCUGGGAAAGAUACAGAACAGAGAAUUUCUGGGAGAUCAAGAUGGAAGAGAUGGAGAACACCGCGAACGUUCUUUUUAGGAAGCUGAAUCGUCUGAGUAGGGAGCUCAAGGAGAAGAACUGGGAAAUCGUCGAACACUCGAGGACAAAAGUGGACAAAUUCAAACGCACGCUGCCGUUGAUUACCGAUCUGAAGAAUCCAGCGAUGAGACCUAGACACUGGAAGAAAGUGAAGGAAAUCGUGGACCGUGAUUUCGACGAAACUUCCGCGGAAUUCACCCUUGACACCAUCGUGGAGAUGGAACUGCAGAAUUAUGCCGAGCAGAUCAACGAUAUUUCAAACGCUGCUACUAUGGAAUUGAAUAUUGAAGUUAGUCUGAAAAAGAUUUCCGAGAUCUGGGCACACAUGCCUUUAGAGAUGAUCCCUUACAAAGACAAGGGAAUAUUCAAGAUAAAAUCUAUCGACGACAUAAUGCAAACAUUGGAGGAUCAUCAAAUCCAGUUAUCAGCCAUGAAGGCAACCAGGUUUGAUAAAUCUAACGCGCUUACUCGAUGGACAUACUCCAUGUGCAAGUGUUACAGGUUCGUCGAACCGUUUGCCGAGGAAGUUGAUUACUGGGAGAGGACCCUUUCGACCAUCGGGGAGGUCCUCGAAACGACCCUGUUAAUUCAACGCGGUUACAUGCACAUGGACAACAUAUUCACCACGGAAGACAUCCGGAAACAGCUCCCCAAGGAGGCUGACGACUACGACAAACUGACUCAUCAGUGGAUUGAAAUUACGUCGCGGAUGGCAUGCCACGGUUUGGCUCUGCAAGCCACUCACGAGCCACCUGGUCUGCUGGAGGUUUUUAAUAAGCUCACUGCUAAAAUCGAGUCGAUGCAACGCGGACUGGAACAAUAUCUGGAGACCAAACGGCACGUGUUCCCAAGAUUUUAUUUCAUUUCGAACGACGAUCUGCUGGAGAUACUGGCGAACGCCAAGAGGCCUGAACUGAUACAGCAACAUGUUAAAAAGCUGUUCGAGAAUAUUAAGUUUCUCACCCUGAGUAAGUCUCUGGCUGGAAAGAAUUUGGCUGUUGCAAUGAAUUCCAACGAAGGAGAAUAUGUCGAUUUUAUCCAGCCAGUUAAUCUGGAGGGUCUGGUGGAAAGAUGGCUAUGCGAUGUU